UAGCAACAAAAUUGAGUGUAAUUGCGAUUUCUUCUUCAUGAAAGAAACAAUAGAAAAUGUUCGUAAACAUGACAUGGUUACGUUAAAUUUAAUUUAAUUUCAUGUUUCACCGUUUGUUUUGUUGAUUCAGACGAGACCAACCGAAGAGAACUAAGCAGCCCGCAAAGGCACGUGUAUGCAAACUUAGUUGAAAUUGGGGAUGUAGCAAUAAAUGCCGGUGAUUUACCUUCACGGGGAACUGGUAACGGUGCCGAAUAUGCAUUUAUUGAGGAAAAACAACUUAUUGAUUACACAGAAGAUGAUAUGAAUGAGGCUAAUAAUGAAACGGCUAACGACUUUUUAUACGCCAAUGCAGAAGACUAUUUGAGAAGAAGAGUCCCAGUUAAUCAACUCAAAGAAUUCAUUAAGAGCAAAACAGAUAUUGAGUACAUAGAAGAAUUUAUGAGUUUACCGCAUGGACUCAUUAAACAGUUCCAUGACUCACAGAAGGCAGAAAACGUAUUGAAAAAUCGAUAUAAAGAUAUUUACCCUUAUGACAACAAAAGAGUUAUUCUUAACGACAGAGAAUCAGACUACAUCAAUGCCAGCUAUAUAGACGGUUAUAAAAGACAGAAGGUUUACAUAGCAUCUUUAGGACCAACAGUGAAGCAAAUGGGAGCUGAUUUUGGAGUAUUCUGGAACAUGGUUUGGCAAGAAAGUGUUUGUAAAAUAGUCAUGCUGACAAAUCUGGAAGAACUGGGGGUUCAGAAAUGUGACAAAUACUGGCCGGAUAAAGAUAAAUGCAUCAUGUAUGAAGACGUGAAAGUAACAUGCCAGUCUGAGGAGAUAUAUCCUUGUUUCACAGUCAGGAUUUUCUCUGUCGAGAAAACUGAAAAGAGAAUACUGUAUCAGAUGCAUUUCACAGCCUGGCCAGACAAGAGUACACCGCGGGAUGUCCAUGGCAUGAUCGAGUUUUGGGAGAAAUUGACAAGAAUACCUAGAUUUGAGCUUGGGCCUAUACUUGUCCACUGCAGUGCUGGUGUGGGACGAACAGGAACAUUUCUUGCAUUAGAUAUAUUAGCCAAUGAGGGAGUUGCUGAGGGUACCGUGGACAUAUUUGCAUGUGUCAGAAACUUAAGAGAAGAUCGAGUUAAUUUAGUACAAACAGUGGAGCAAUACAAAUUCCUUCACGAGGCUUUGGUGCAUCUUCUAUCUUCUGACACAUCAGUAAAGACGCUUCUUGCAAGUGAUGGGGCAGUUCAGCACAAUACUCAAGAGUGUACAUUGGCUGUUGAAGAUAUACAUGAAAUGGUUAAGGGGUGUAAAUAACAUCCAAAUAGUUAUGUUUAACUAUUGACACUAAUUCGCUGUGAGAUAAUAGUCUGUAUAUAAGAAGCAAAAUAUUACAUUAUUUUGAGAAUGGACAAUCAAAUAGCAUAUAUAGAAUAUCAGUUAUUAACUUCGUCUACUUUAAACUUGUUUCUUUAUUUCUAUCAUUUUGAUCAAUAUAUUUGUUAUUGUUAUUUGUUAUUGCAGGAUAUUCUUUAGAGAUGUUGAGUAAAUUUAGCGGGUAAGAUAAAUAUGAUAUUAUGAUCGGAUUCAUGAAUAUUGUAAAGUAGAAAUGAAUUUUUGAUUUUGUUUGUCGUGAAUUUCAUUAUGUAAUCUAUAUUCUAACCAUAUCAAAUUUGAAAUUAUAAUUUGCUUUUCGUAUCAAAAUUAAUAAGUUCCUACAAGGUGUGAAUAAAUCUAAGAAUCUAUUAUGCUCAAAUGCUUUAAGACCAAAUAAAUGUGACCAGUAAUAGAGAAUGCAGCUUUCAAAACAUAAUUCCUGCAUUCUCCUUUUCAAAAUAGACAUAUUAGGCAAGAAUUUCCUAGAUAACAAUACAAUUACCCUUUAAAAGAAUUUUAAUCUUUAAAAAAGAUUGAAUGAUUUUAUCUGCCGGACAUGUCAACAUUUGCUUCUUGUAAAUUGCUUCACAAUUGUAAAUAGAAUGCUUGUGUUCUUUAGUCUAGUAAAAACAAGUUAUUUUUACAUAGAAUACUAUCUUUUACGACAUUUGCAGAUACUUGAAUUACUUUCAUUACGUCACAACAUGAUUAUUUGUUAUUAUCUUAUUUUAUCUUUAAGUUUCUUAUGAUCAUACUUGUUUUGUCUUUUUAUUUCAAACCAUAUUAGAUGACUCAGUACAUGCUUUGUUUGUUUGUUUGUUUGAUUUGGGUUUUACAUCUCACCGACACAUUAUUGGUCAUUUGACGACGUUCCAUCUUUACUGUGGAGGAAGACCUCAGGUGCCCAUCCGUGCAUUUUUUCAGGCAUGAGCGGGCAAAGUAGUAGAACCGCCGACGUUCCGUAAGCUAGCUGGAUAGCUUCCUCACAUGAAAAGAUCCAAAGUCCCUGUCGGGAUUCGAACCUACAGCGUUGAGGGGCAAGUGGUUUGAUGUAAACGACCUAAACUACAUGCUUUGUAAAUUUGCAAAAAUAAUAACUCUAUCGCUUUGAAAUAAACUAACCA